CGCCGACGUGCAUUUCUUUCGGCCCUUCGUUCACCUCAGAAUAGUUUGGGUUCCCCAUCACCACGAUGAGCACGCCUGUGAGUCCCAGCAGUACUGGCGGCACGUCCGGAGCUACGCCUAUGGGAGACCUCGACAGACAAAUCGAACAGCUCAAGCGAUGUGAGUACCUCAAGGAGUCCGAAGUCAAGGCGCUAUGUCAAAAAGCGCGUGAGAUUCUCGUGGAUGAGAGUAACGUCCAGCGCAUCGACGCCCCUGUCACCAUAUGCGGUGACAUCCAUGGGCAAUUCUACGACUUGAAGGAACUGUUCAACGUCGGCGGAGAGUGCCCCGAAACAAACUACCUCUUCAUGGGGGAUUUCGUUGAUCGUGGUUUCUACAGUGUGGAAACUUUCCUCCUCUUGCUGGCGCUGAAGGUGCGAUACCCUGACCGCAUCACGCUGAUCCGAGGCAACCACGAAUCGCGCCAAAUCACGCAAGUGUAUGGUUUCUACGACGAAUGCCUGCGGAAAUAUGGGUCUGUGAACGUGUGGCGCUACUGCACAGAGAUUUUUGACUAUUUGAGUUUGUCGGCUAUCAUCGAAGACAAGAUCUUCUGUGUCCACGGUGGUCUUUCUCCCUCCAUCAACACGUUGGACCAAAUUCGUAUUAUCGACCGAAAACAGGAAGUACCACACGACGGCGCCAUGUGCGACCUCAUGUGGUCCGACCCAGAAGAUAUUGACGGGUGGGGAUUGAGUCCGCGCGGCGCAGGGUACUUGUUCGGCGGCGACGUUGUCGACAAGUUCAACCAGACGAACGACAUCCAGCUGAUCUGCCGUGCACAUCAGCUCGUUAUGGAAGGGCACAAGUCGAUGUUUAACAACGCUUUGGUGACGGUGUGGUCGGCGCCCAACUAUUGCUAUCGCUGCGGCAACGUGGCAGCGAUCCUCGAGUUGGACGAAAGCCUCGAGCAGAAGUUCAAAAUUUUCGAAGCGGCACCGCAAGACGCGCGCGGGGUGCCUUCCAAGAAGCCUGCGCCAGACUAUUUCUUAUAAACGAAACGCGCAAGGACACCGCCAUGUUUGCGUGCUAGUAGACAGAAGGAAACAGAAAAGGAGGCACCCCAUGGCUCAACGUACGUCUGCAAAGUUGGGUUGUUGGAUUUCAAUAAAUAGGUAUUUUGUCUUGGA